AUGGCCGACGUUAAGCGUGCUUAUUCUCAGUUCGACACUCCAUCUGACCAUGUGGACAAGAAGUUGCAUACCAAACCUGGUAGAAAACCGAUAGAGACCGAACCCAAGUCGAAGAGAACCGCUCAAAACCGUGCCGCUCAGAGAGCGUACCGUGAGAGAAAGGAGAGAAAGAUGAAAGAUUUGGAGGACAAGGUUCUGCUGCUUGAAGAGCAGAAUAUCAAGGUUGCAACUGAAUCUGAUUUCCUCAAGGCCCAGGUGGAUAUGUUGAAGCAAGAAUUGGCCAGGUAUCGUGGUACCACUGACCUUCUGGACUUGAACAGUAAGUUACCUACCCAUACAAAGCCUUCGGUACCUCGUCCACAAACUAACUCCUCCGUGAGUAGUGACUCCACUAAUUCCAACAAUGCAGUUUCGGCCGAUUUCCCCUGGUCCGAUGAUACCUACAACCAAUCACCCAAUGUUGAAAAAUAUAAUGCCAGUAACAACAAAGAUUUUCCACUUCCAGAUUUGAUUGGUGGCUCGUCUUCAUCUACAUCGCCGCUCAAUGAUAAUAUACUAGUGUCGCCCGAUUCGGGGAACAGUAUUUCUUCAGGAUCCAACCCACCUACUGCUUACAACCCAACCCCCGAUUUCUACAAAUUUGAAGAAGAUAUUGAUCCUUUCUGCAGUAAACUAAAUGAGGCAUGUGGAACGAAGCAAGAUCCAGUUCCUAAGGAUUUGAAGGCUAACUAUGCAUCUCCGUUUGCGUCGAAAACUACUCCAGCAGCAAAGGACAACACUGAUUAUGUGAACGACUCUUUCUUCAAUGGUCGUAGUACCUUUGACUUUGAUUUAUCAAACAACAACACAGAUCCAUUGUCAUUUUUGAAUGACAAGAACUUUGAUGUAUCUUUAGCAUUUUCUGAGGAUUUGGGCAGUAGAAACAAUGGUACAACUGAAAAGGUGGAAACUGAUCCUUUGGCAUUCCUUACAACUGAAGAAUCCGCUUACGAUCCAUUGAAAGAUUCAGUGAAUGUGGACUUCAAUUUUAACGAUUUUGUCAAGAGCAGCAUCAGUGGUACUGAUUCGACCCGAGAUACGGUAGUAUCGUAUUCUCCUGAGGCUAACUUGAAGGAUUUUACGAACAGAACUCCAGCAACUGAAGCAUCAGAUUACUCAUAUACAUCAGGUAAGAAUGAUGUGCUGGAAAUUGUACCGGCUCCUGAAAAGGGAUUAAAGUGCUCUGAAAUAUGGGAGAGAAUUACCAACCAUCCCAAAUACACCGAAAUUGAUAUUGAUGGGUUGUGUCUGGAGUUGAAGUCAAAGGCCAAGUGUUCAGAGAGAGGCGUAGUGGUCAAUUCGACCGAUGUUAAUCAAUUAUUGGAACAAUCAGGUGCUAUGAAACGUUGA